AUGGAGGGUGAUAUCGAACCUGCGGAGUCCAUAGCAGGACGACCAAAUGUUUCAAGCAUUCAGACCCCCUACACGAUCCUAUCUCCCUCUAACUCUACCCUUACAACGACUGGCCAUCAGACAUCACCCGAGCGAUCAUCUAUCGCGAAUUUUGUUGCACCGGCAGGCGAGUCCUACAGCUUCGGGACCAAUGCCUUCUUUGCUUCCGGAUCGAAUCUUCAGAAUGUCACGAGCACUCUCAAGACUCUGCCCUUACUGCCCUCUUUUACCCCUGUCAGUUCGAUGGCCGCUGUGCAGAUCUUACCACAACAGUCAUCUGCCGGCCCUCUUGCCUGCGCCUCGAAUGCGUUGGUUUGCGACUUCGGAUAUCUCGCUUCCUCAACCCCUCACGCGAAGGACCGCUAUGCUAUAGACGCCGACGCUACCAACCUGGCGGCCGCCAGCCACACCUGGCCACAACAACGAUUCCCAGACCAUCCUGUCCAUCCGUUACACAUGCUACACACCUUCGAGUCUGGCCUGUUCCCGAAAGCCCACUCGACACGCCAGUACAAUUCAAAUCCCCCACUUACUCCCUUUGCACUUCCAUCUUCAAACCCUACCAACAUAACCACGACCGACCAAGCUCGACCACAGGGGGCGGAUCCCAGUCACGCUUCUGUGAUAUCACAUGCACCAGUCCAAACUUCCCUUGCCCUGGGAGUCGAUGUAAGAAAAAUCCCAAGAUGGGGAAAACGAAACAAAGACUAUGAGAAGGUGUGGAUGACAGCCAUAUUGGAAAAGGUCAUAAACAAUCCCACAGGCGUUGCAGUCAAGUUUUCCAAAGAUCCGAUUCUGAACCAUAUGUACCAGAAGCUAAGCCGUUGGCGCAUAUCUUUUGACGACGAUGAAAUGGCUGCGCGCGGUCCGGCUUACCAAGGAAAGAAGCGCAAGAGAGAAGAACUUGAGAGAAAAUCGACCGCCCAGGAACUUCAUGUUAGCCCAGAAGGUGAUGCAACAAAGUCAACAGGCCCAGCCUCACCUGUCGUCGAUGAUGCAAGUGGGCAUGGUUCACACUCUACGGAGGUUAACCUUGAGCAGCCAGACACCACAGACACUGCCGAUCCUCUUGCCGACAAGAAGAGAUUGAUUCGCGCUGAUGAAAUUCACGACUUUGCAUUUGGAGGCGGUGCCUACCUUGACUGCCCAAAGUGCGCAGAAGGUUUUGAUGAGUUCUGGAUGUGGAGCAAACAUCUAAAGGAAGAAUGUGGUAUCGAAUGCGGUAUCUGUUCAGUGAACUUUGAAGAGGUUUCUGGUCUGCUCAUGCAUCGUAGCACGUGCAAGGAACAUCUGAUGAAGGUGUCGACCUUGAAGGAGGAAAUCGCGCUUGGGUCAUAG